AUGCAGGAGGUUCUCUUUUCUAUAAACGUGCUGCGAAGCCCUUUUGGGGUGCGUGGGGUACAGUUGGUGCCGACAUCCGACGUCAGGGUGGCGGUGACGAAGGAGUCGACUGUCACUGAUGCCCCGUUCAUGGACAACUAUGCGCAGGUACUCCCGGUGUACAAACACCCUGAGGUGGCGACGCGUCGGAGCUACGCGGUCUCCGGCACCCGCGGCAUCCAGCAGUUGGUCGCCAACACACGCAGCGCCUCUCUUCCAUCACCGUCCUUUCUCGUAGCAGCUCCGCAAGUCAAGCGCAGAGAGAACUUCUUGCCAUCCACCACACCGCAGCUGCAGGUCAUCUCAAAGCACGAAAAGGGUCGUCUGCUGGUGUGGAAUGGUCUCACCGGCGCCGUCGACGCCGCCUGUCUCUUGCCCCCGUCGUUCACGGUGCAUCACUGCGCAAUCGCGGCGUCGUAUGUGUACACGACCGUGGAGAGCUCCGCGGCUGCAUCUGGUGCGGAAGAGGAGGCCUGCGUGUACGUAUGGUCCCGCCCCAGCUUUCGCGGCGUUACAGUGCUGCGAGGCCAUGGCAGUCGCUUGACUGCGUUGGGGGUAUGGCCGAUGGAAACCUUCACACUAAUCGCCACGGCAAGUCUCGAUGGCACGAUGCGACUGUGGCGCCAUCAGCACAACCCACACCUCUGGAACGGCGUUCUCGCUGGAGAAGACCCGGUGCAGCUCCUGUGGGUGUUGACCACGGCGGAGCUGGGCAACGUGCACUCGCUGAUUUUUCUUUCAGCAGACACGGUGGUGGUCACCGCUACGCGCUGCGCAUUGGCUUUUGUCCGCUUCCCCGAUGCCCCGGCGAAGUGGAAGGGCCGCUGUAGCGUGGUGAGUAUGGGGACGGUCGACACCCCGGUUUUCCAGACUGUGAGGUCCAUUGUCGACCCCGACGGUGGCACCACGUUUCUGCAUGUGUGCCCAUUCAAUCGCACCAGGGACGGGGUGGUGGCUGCGACUGCCGCGUUUGGUCACUUUAAUGCGUUCUCCUCCGUUGUUUCUCCCUCACCUCAAGUCAACGGCGCGGCGACUGCGUUGUCCUCUACAACGCACCUCCUCACUGGAAGCACCAGCGGGUUCAUACAGGAGUGGGAAGUAAAUGUGGAGGGCACUGCGCCUGCGGGGGCACAGCCGCAUCUGGCAGCGUCGUCUACCAUGCCAGUCUACGUCAAUGUCAAGUGCCGCUGGUAUCACAAGGCGCACUCUGCCACGGUGAACUGCCUCGUCACGGAUGAGAAUGUCGUGGUAAGCACGAGCUUCUUCGAUCACACCUGCCUGUACCAUCGCAAGAGCGGCGCCACCUGCACCAUCAGCAGCACCGCAGCUGUUCCCUUGCUUGUCCCGCAGCGGAAGGAACUCGUGUGGGGCACUAUCGACGGCGCAUUAAGCGUUGCGAGCUACGCGCACUUUGCCGCUGGAGCGAUGAAGGAGGUGCAGCUGUUGUGGACCGCCAAGCCCCACGCGACGGCCAUCCGCGGAGUGUGCUUGUCCUUGACACCCAACCUCUGCUGGGACACCCUGUGCACUGGUGCAGCCGAUGGCUCUAUGUGCGUGUGGCGAGCUGCGCCGGAGGUGGAACAGGUGGCAGCUAGCUGCGGGGCAGCCAAGGAGAAAGGUGGCGCGCCGCUGAUCAGCCGCAUCUUGCACCUAUUCGUUCUGCCAUCACACACUGUCGAGAAGGUUGGUUCUAGUGUGAAGCAGGUGACCGCCCUGGUGGCGGGGCUGAAGGCCGUCUCCGCCGACAAACAAGGCUCAAUCCUCGUGGUGGAGCUGACCGCCACUGGAGGCCUUGGGCAGGUGACCGAUGUGCCCAUCAAAGGCAGCAAAGAGGUCUCGUGCGCACGCCUGUGCUGCUGCGACAAGGGCACCCUCUCGCUCUGGGUGGGUACGCCGUGUGGCCAGAUUUUGCACGCUGUCAAGCAACGGGCGCAGAAGGCCUGGUCAGCGCUGACGCCGGUGCAUUGGGAUACCAAGCCUAACGGCAGCGUGGCCUCUAUCGCAGAUGACGCGGCGUUCUCGACCAUCAUGGUGGCGGUUGCUGAACCGGUCGCCGCGAGUCGGGUAUCACAACGGCUGCACCUCUCAGCACUUCAGCUGGACCCCAAGGCGGCGGCGCCGACGGUGCUGUCCCUGUGGGAAGGCGCUGUUGUUCUUUGUGGCACGGCAUCUGCAGCGAACCGCCGAGAGCGCACAUUCUCCAUGACGUGGUUAAGCAGGGUGGAUUCGGACGAGCAGGCCUCUCCGAGUACAAAUGAUGGGCUGCUGGUAUGCGGCAGCGACGGCACCGUAGUGAGCUGUUUUCGCAGACGCAUGGCCAAUGCUGCCACUCGUGUAGGCGCUUGGCAGACACCUGAGGUGCUCAUCAUGGCGUCAUUGGUCGGUGAGCCAGACAUCAUUCAGCGCAACUUUGACGAGUCGCCGUCGUUAUUGGCCACAGCGGUGACCACGCAAAGCAGGAACUCAGAUCUUCUCUGCCUCGACGUGUUCGAAAACCGCUCGCGGGUGCUGGUGCCGUUGAAGGUGCGGACAACGCAGCUGACGACGAUUCUGUGCGACGUUGGGACGCCAAAGGUGCGAUUGGCGGCAGUGCGGCAGAAAAAAUCGGAUCACGCGAGCGAAGUGGCCCUCUUCAACGACGCCGGUCGGGAGUGCGGCCGGGUAACCUACGACGGCGCUGUUGUACUGAACAACGACGUGACUGGAACAUCUGCCUCGAUGGAAAAGCUUAGCUAUACUCCCAAGGCGCAGGGACUUCCCCUGCGUCGGCCCUCGGUGGAGAUGACGGCGGGUACGGCAGCGUUGACUGCUGACUGCACUGUUAUUGCCGCCCACGCAGGCGAUCGAAUCAUUUUCAUUGGUUACGAGAACGGUCUGCUGCAGCUGGUGGACACAACUGACGUGUACGUCUUCUGCCGUCGCUGGGCCACCGACGCGAGUGGCGUCGCACAACCGAUUGCAGAGGUGCGGUACGGCGGCUCUGGUGUAGUGGUGGUGCGAUUAGCCAACAACCAACUUUGCAGCUUCGCCAUUCCUCCUCGCAGCCUCCUCGACCAACCGUCGUUGUCACAAAAUGUUUAG